CUCUCUCCCUUUGCUACAGAGGAAGGGGUUUCUCCAGCACUCUCCAUAAUACCUCGUGCUCCCAACCCCGACAUCACCGCCACGCUCAGGGUUUGGGAUGGUUGGGAUGCCUUUGUGUGGAGCUGCUCAUGCAUGUGCAGCGCAGGGUGGGUGAUCAAUCACACAGCCCAAUGAUGUGCCAUUCUCUUUGCAUGAUACACGAGAGAAUUAUAUUUGAUAUAGUACUUACAGGCAGAUUUCUAUUUUUUUGUAUAACAGGUGAUGAUGUUAUUUCCAUCUAUGUCGUUUGUAAUUAUUGUUCUGUUAAUGAGAGGUGCUUUCUGAAAUCAAGUGGCUUUACUUAAACUCUGAACUCCGUGUCUAGCUGUUGUUUUGUAUUUUAAAUAUGGGAAAAGGGCCCGAUGCACGCUGCAAGGCCAGCAAUUGUCUAAGUGUUAAUUGAUGGAAUGAUUUUUAUAUAAAAUUGAAAGAAUAAAUUGUAAGAAAACCAGCAGCUCUGUUCUCUGCAUCUGCCUCUGCCAGCAGCGCUGCCCCAUGGUGCUUCCUUGGAGUGGCUGUGGCUGCUGCUGCCUCCAAAGUGCCAGAGAGAAACAAAAUGCUAACUGCAGCCCUGUUCUUUAUAUCAACUCUGCUCAAGAGGAGAUGGAUUCAUAUCGGAGCACGUGUUUUCCCAGCACAAGGCUGAGGAGAAGCACAACCGUAUCUAAUAGCAGUCAAGUUUUUACUCUGCUGCCUAGGCAGGCCCUAGGGAAGGGAAGAGCAGCAGACUGUGUGAAAAUUGGACUCACAUCAAAGUUCUUUAUCCCAGGAGCUGCACCCUGUGCAUAACGCCCUGCCCCACUGACCUGCGUGGGACUGUGGCACAGGCAAGGCUGCUAUCGCUGAUGUUUGCCCAAGCCUGUAAUGGCUCUGCUCACUGCCCUAUAAGGAAACACAAACCAGAACAAUGCCCCACAGAGCCUGCGUGCCUUUAGCCACACAGCCACCCAGAAGACAAGCUGAGGAUUCAUUCGUGUACAUUCUGGCUACAGCCCGAGCCAGGCAAGGUGCUGAACUGCGUGCUCUGCAGCGCACUCCUUAUCUGUUUACUCCAAAGGCAGCGAACACUUGGCAGCAGCCCUGGGAACGCUCCUCACCUCGCAGUCCUCCUCCACACGCUGAUCACAACAAGGCUGCUGCUGAGAUGGGGCAGCUGCGUGGGUUAUCCCUCUCCCGUGCCCGCAGGUGGCACCUGGCAGGUGGGAGCUUUCCUGAAAUACCCGCUUUGCCGCAGCGCUGAGCGCUACUGGACCCGCGCAACGCGGGACUGGAAAGCAGGGACAGACAAAGAGCUGCCAGCCCUCACCUGGGCCUGCGGGGUGGUGCUGGGCUAGGUAGGAGGAGGCUGUGUAGGGCUGGGGGACGGCGGCGUCCCGUGCCCAACCUGCUUCUCCGCAGCAAACCACGAGCGGUGCCGACACCCCGCGCCGCGGCAGCCUGCACGUGGACAGCAGGACGCAGCCCGGACCCAAGAUGGCGCCGCCCACCCCGACCUGCCCAAGAUGGCGGCAGGCGACGCCGCUCUCCCUCCCGGCCUGCAAGAUGGCGGCGUGCGGCAUAGCCCCGCCCCUCCGCCCGACCUCCCCAAGAUGGCGGCGGCAGGCCUCGCCCCGCCCCUUGGCGUCGGCCGCAAGAUGGCGGGCGGCGCGGUGGAGCCGGGCCGGGUGGCGGAGGCUCUGGAGCUGCUGCUGGGGCCCGGGCCGGACGGCGCUCCCCUGCGGCUGGAGGCGCUGCGCGACAACGCGGCGGCGUUGGAGGAGCGGCUGCGCGGGGAGCCCGGCUGGGCCGCGCUGCGCGGGUUGCGAGCCGCCGUGCUGGGCCGGGCCCCCGCGCUGGCAGCCGGGGCGGAGGCCGAGGCCGAGCCGGCGUGGGCCGCGGCGUGCGCGGUGCUGGCGCUGCUGCUGUGCCUGAAGGAGCGGCUCGCGGCGCUGUCCGCCGCCCCCGCCGCCCCCGCGGCCGCCCCCGGGGCCGCCCCGCCGCCCGCCGCCGACACGCUGAGCGCGGUGCAGGGCCGGGCGGUGCGGCGGGCGCUGCGGGCCGCGGUGGGGCUGGGGCUGGCCCCGUACCUGCCGCCGGGCGUGGGGCGGCUCCCCGCGCCGCCGCCCCUGGGGUUCGCCCGCGGGGCCCGGCUCCGUGCCGCCACCGCCGCGCUGCUGGAGCUGGCCCAGCACCCCGCGCUCGCUGCCCCGCUGCUCGCUCAGCACCUCGGCCCGCUCCUCGCCGCCCUCUGCCUGCUGGGCCACGGCCCUGCCGCGCACUGCGAGGGCCUUUCAGAAGCAGAGCGAGCACAGAGCCGGGAGGCCCUGCAGCACAUUCUGGACCGUGUCUAUCAGCCUCUGGCAGUGCGGGAGCUGCUCAUCCUGCAGGGCGGCCCCAAGCAGAGUCAUCCUGCUGGGGAAGAAACAAAGCCAGCCCUCGCUCGGUCUCCAGCGUGGCUGCGUCGCCUUUGUGGCCAGCUGCUUUCAGAACGGCUGAUGAGACCCAAUGGGCUUCAGGCUGUGGUUCGGGGCAUCAUGGAGGGCACUGGUGGUGGCACUGAUGCUGAAGCAGCAGCUGUGGACUGGAGAAAAUGUGAUGCAGUUGCAAAGAUCCUGGCUUCCUGCCCUCAGCAGUGCCUUUCCCUGGAGGAUUACUACAAACACGUGUGCCCCCAGAUUCUGGACUUACUGCACAUCCAGGACAAACUGACAGCGCGGCAGUUCCAGAGAGUGGCCACCACGACGUUGCUCACCAUGGUGAAAGAGCACCCUCAGCUGGCAGAGAAGCAUCUGCUCCAGCCUCUGCUGACACCGCUUCUCCGCUGCUCAGAUGCAGCAGAAAUAGCAGAGGAAGAUUUGUCAGCAGGGACAGUGCUGGUAACAGAGGCAGAGCUCAGCAGCUGUGUGGAAGAUGUGUUCAAGGUAUACGUGGUUGGGAAUGACAGCUCCAGCCUGCUUCUGAGAUCCUUGCAGUCAGUCCUGGGAGUGGUUUUCUCCCUCUAUUCCUUUGCCAAGCAGAAUGUGUCAUACUUACGCUCCCCAUGCCAGGAGGUGCUGCUGUGGUUCCUGGAGAAGUCGGAGAGGGAGACUUCACUGUGUGUGCUGGAGGGCUGCGUGGGGUUGGCCAGCAGUGUGCACCGCCUCCACCCGCAGUGCUGCUUCCGCGUGGGCAGCGAGGGCGGUGCGGCCGUCACAGUGGAGGAGCCCGAAAGUGAUGAAGAUGAGGCCCUUUACCAGAAGGUUUCCUUGGAGCAGUGCCAUGUGGAGAGUUUAGUGGAGCUGCUGUCUCACUGUCAGCAGAGCGGCCUGGCUGGAGACUUCUUCAUCCUCUGCCUGAAGGCGCUGACGAAUGUGGCUGCAGAGGACGAAGCAGUGGCAAGCUGUGAUGCCAUGGCUGGAUGUAGCCUCCUGGAGCUGGAGCAGCACAGUGCUGAGCAGAGGAGGAAGCUGCUGGUCCUCCAGCUCGUGGCCGCGCUGUGCGAGAGCGUCUCGGACACUGUGUUCACCAACAUUGCUCAGGUGGAGGAGUUCGUGGCUGUCACGCUUCAGCGGGCGUGCAUCAGCCUGAGCCGGGGCCACGGCACAGCAGUGGAGGCACAGACCCUGAGCAUGGCCAUGGGGCUGGUGGCUGCCAUGCUCAGCGGAGCCAUGCAGCUGAAAUCGAGUGACUUUGCUGUCCUGAAGCGGCUGCUGCCCUUGCUGGAAGAGGUGUCCUGCACCCAUCCUGACCCCGUCAUCCAGGAGCUGGCUGCAGACCUACGCAUCACCAUCUGCACUCAUGGUGCCUUCUCCACUGAGACAGUCAACACUGCAGCUGAGACUGUGCUGGGGAAAAAGCUGGGGCCAGGCAGGACGGAAGCCUGCACAGCCCCCUGCCAAAGCCCGGAGGCUGGUGGGGCACUGCCGCAGCAUGGCCGUGGCUGCAGCCACCCCUCGGCUCCUAGGGAGAGCGAAGAGCAGACUGUGCAUGGGGAGCCUUCUGCUAUGGGUCCUGCUGCAGCUCCAAGUGCUGAGAGCUCAGCCCCAGCUCAGCUCCAUGAGCUGCUUCUAUCAGCCUACGACCCCCAAGUUCCUGUCCGGGCAGCUGCCCUGCGCAGUCUUUCCAGCCUGAUAACGCAGCGGGACCCAGAGGCACUUCAGAUUCAAGAGAAAAUCCUCCAGGUUUUCCUAGAAAACAUACAGCACGAGGACUCCUUUGUGUACCUUUCUGCCAUUCAAGGUGCUGCCUUGCUGUCCAGUGAGUACCCAGAGCAGAUCCUGCCCAUCCUGCUGGCCCACUAUGGGCGUCCUGUCCAGGACACAGAGGACAGCACAGCUGCUGUGACCAGGAUGAAGCUGGGCGAGGUGCUGAUGCGUGUCACUCGGGCACUGGGGGAUAUGGUCAUCAAGCAUCGGGAGCCCCUGAUCCACGCCUUCCUGCGGGGAGCGCGGAACCCAGACAGCACACUGCGUGCCAGCAGCCUCUCCAACCUGGGGGAGCUGUGCCAGAGACUCGGCUUCCAGCUGGGCUCUGUCAUCCACGAGGUGUCCUCCUGUUUGACGGCCAUCGCCAAGACGGACCCUGAGGCAGAGGUGCGGAGAGCAGCUGUGCAUGUGGUGGUGCUGCUGCUGCGGGGGCUCAGCAAGAAGGCAACCGAGGUGCUGCAGGACGUGCUGCGGGACCUGUACCGCCUGCUGAAGCACGUGGUGGCAGCUGAGCCCGACGGUGCAGCCGUGCUGCAUGCCCAGCUGGCACUGGAGGAGCUGGACACGGCGAUGAGGAGCGUCCUCUUCCCUCCGCAGGUGCUGGAGAAGAAAAUCGUGGUGCUGCCAUAGCAGGUGCCAGGAGCCAGAAAGCCACUUUUCCUGCUCCGGUGCUCCCUGGAGGAGAUACGUUUGCUGUGCCCCCAGGCUGCCUUCAGCAGGUGUCAGCCAUGGUGAAACCACAGCGGUGCUGGGGGCACGUAGCAUCUCCAGUGCCCCUCGUCUGGGGCAGCAUGGGGGGGUGAGAUUAAAAGGAGAAACUCUC